AUGUCGAAGACGAUGAGGGUAGAGACGAGGCAAGUGGGUGACAGAGAUGGAACUGAACUUGGUGGUCCCGACUUGGCUCGCUGCCGAAAGGGCAACGCCCACGUCACCUUCUCAGCAGCUUGGACACUAGCCAAGGGCGGAGCUUCGCGAGUGGACAAGAAAUGUGGCGAGUUGCCGACGACGGAUGUUGCACAAACGAGAGUAUGA